AUGGACCAAGAGUUUUUCACCAGUUCCUCUGGCAUGGCAUCAUCCAGCUCAGCACUAGUCAGACAUCAACCUUCGUCUUCUAUACCAGCGUUCUGCUCAAGUUACGAAGAAAGUGCACCACAACGUAGUCCUCGUCAGGAGCCUGAAAACGUAUCUCAAGGCCCCGCGGCCCCGAUUAUCACAAGAAUCGAGAAUACACUCGAAAGUGUCGUUGAUGCUCUCAAAGACAAUCGUCGACUAGCCAUUCCGAUGCGAAGUCGCAGAACCGGCAACGAAAUAGAAGUGCUAUUUCCUACGGCGUCGUCCUCUGGAGCUCGGAGGUUCGCCGCGCUACUUCAGGUACUAUACCACUGCCACGAAGCUCUGGUCCACGGCACCGUCAUUACCAAAAGGUCUGUAUAUGCUUGUGCCCUCGUGUCCGUCUACCAACAGGGCUUCAAUGUCAUUGAUCAAGACCACAGACAUAUAUACUACCAGCAUCCUGACUUAUUUGGCACCCAAAGUUACGUCAAUCAACUCGUGGAUGAUGUUGCCUUCACCUUUGGAGUCAGUAGGGAUGCCCUGAACAUCGUUGCUGCCUCGAAAGGACUCGUCGCUGGUGGGCCAUUCGAUGUGCCUGGUCACCAUGGUGUCUCAGUACCUCACACCAGUACUCUAGAGGGCAUCGACAUACGUGAAAUACAAUGGAUCUUGAUCAUCGAGAAAGAAGCGACAUUUCGCAGCUUGGCAGCAGCGCGAUAUUUCGAGACUUCUGCUGCUGGACCUGGGUUACUCGUCACGGCCAAAGGAUAUCCGGACCUGGCCACUCGGCAGUUCCUACACUUCAUACACCAUCAACAUCAUUGUGCUUCAGUGCAUGCCUUGGUGGACUUCGACCCUGAUGGUAUUAGCAUCAUGCGCACGUAUAAGCGAGGUAGCCGCAGCUUGCAACAUGAAGAGAACGUCACCAUCCCCAGCUUAGUCUGGAUGGGUGUCAAGGUCUGCGAUAUUGCCUAUCAUAUAGACUGUGAACAGUCACUGUCGCAACCCCCACUACCGUCAAUCAUGGAGAAAGCCUCCAUUCCACGUGGGCGAGAAGCAAGCUCACAACUUAACCCACAAUAUGACAGAGACAUGCCGGCAUCAGGAUUGAUCCAUACCGUGGUUCCUCGCCUUACGACCACCGAUUACAAGACUAGCGCGCUUUCCAUGAACGACCGCUACAAGGCCGUUAACCUUUUAGCUACGCUGAACAACGAGGAGGACCUUGGAGCUGAAGAGUUGGACUUGAUUUGCGAGCUGCAGCUGAUGUUAAUGCUGAAUGUCAAGUUCGAGAUUCAGGCCAUUGGAGAAGAAGGACGGAUGAUAAAAUGGUUGGAUGAACGACUUGCGCCCGCUUCUAAUUUAGCUAUACUCGUUUGA